UCAACCGGAAGUGUCUAUUUCUUACCGGAAAACGACGAAAUGAUCAUUAAAUAAUAUCAACAGAACCAAACGGAAAGGGUUUUUGUUACUUUUUUUGUUUAUUCACCUCACCAUGAAUUGGUAUAAUCUCAGAAAAGGCUUUUGUAGGUAACAAAAAAUAUAUUUAAAUUAAAAAGGGCAUUUAAACGUGAGGAAGCCGCCGUUCGUCAUGGAGUUAAACCAAAGAGAGAGGACGGCGGCGCUCGUGGAGGAGCUGACCACAUCUGGACAGGCUCAACUUAACCAGGACAAAAUGAAGGAGCUGAAGAAGAUCUGCAAACUGUCGAAUGACUGCAUCGAUCACGUCUACCACUUGCUGAUGUCUCAGCUCAACCAGGAACACUGCGAAAUCCGACUGUCAGCCUUCCAGAUCGCCACUGAGCUCUUUUCCAGAUCACACCACUUCAGAACGCUGCUGGUCGACAACUUCCAGGAGUUUUUGGAGCUGACUGUGGAGACGGACACGGAGCAGCCUCUCCCUCCUCCUAAGGAAGUAGCCAAGAAGCUGCGGUCACUGGCCAUCCAGACCGUCCAAUCAUGGCAAGCCUCUUAUGGCUCUGCAUACAAGAAGCUGGCUCUGGGUUACCACUUCCUCAAACAAGUUAAGAAGGUGGACUUUCAGGAUCUCGAAGCGAGGACGAUAGCAGAGAGGAGGAGAGAGGAGGAAAGGCAGAGGAAGAUGGAGAGGAUCUACAAAGCCAGAGUGGAGGCGGCGGCCAAAGAAAUGGAAGAGUCGCAUCAGGAAAUCGAGUCGACGCUGACAGAGAUGGAGUCCUGCAUGAGGCUUCUCCUGCCCGACUUCGGAGUUGCAGAUUUCCAGACGGACGCCAGCAGCCUCUCAAACUCUCAACCUGACGUCAAGCGUCUGUCAGACGUCGAGCAGCCCUGCUGCAGCAAAGACCUGACGGAUAACAAGGAAGAAUCAGGAAGACGACAAGGAGAGGGUGGGCCAGAGGAGGACCGGACUUCUGAGGGAAAGGAAAACCAGAAGACAGAGAAGGAGGAAUUAUUCACAGACGAUUCUGAUCCUCAUCAGAGAGAAACCGAUGAGAAAGAACACGACGAGGAGGAGAAAAGAGAGACGGAGAGUGAAGAGAAAGAAGGGAGUGAGGAAGAAGAAAGUAGUGAUGAAGAGGAGUUGACUGAUGAUUGUUCAGCUCUGAGGAGCUCCGGGCUCCUCUCUCACUCCUACAGUCUGGACCUGAACCUCAGUCCUGGUCUUCAUGUGAAGGAGACAGAAGAUAACGAGCCGGUGGUUUCCACGGUGAUCGAGCUCCAUAAAUUGAUCAAAACCAAACACCUUCCAGCUGUGCAGGGCUGGGUUCAGGUUUUCACAAAGUCGCGUGCCGAUGAGCAGCUGCUGAGAAGAGCGCUGGAUCUGAAGAGGUCACUAGAGGGCGCUCUACAGAAACACAAAGAACUUCACAUCGACUACAAGACCAGAACCUGCAGAGCGAAGACGGACACCUCCGACGAUGACGAUGACUUUGACGAGGUGCCAGAAAAAGAAGGCUACGAGCCGCACAUUCCCGAGCAUCUGCGCGCCGAGUACGGUCUGGAUCCUUCUCCUUCCACCUCCACCGCCCAAACGACGCAGACGAGGCCUCCCGUUAAACGACCCGCACCUCCUCCUCCUAAAACCACCUCCUUUUCCACCUCCAGGCGCCUGAAGAGACUUUUAGAAGAACAGCAGGAUCCAACCUCUGCAGCUGCCACCCUGAGCCUCCUCAGGCAGAAGAUGUCUGUGCCCCAGGAACCCAGCAGCUCCUCUGGAGCCUCUUCCUCCUCUUCUUCUUCUCAGAAGACAGUUCAGGCUCCAGUGGUUCCAUUCGGUUUGGACCUCUACUAUUGGGGUCAGGAGCAGCCCAACGCUGGUAAAAUCAUCAAGUCGGCCUCACAGCAUCAGUUCUGGGUUCCUGCAGAGGUGGAGGAGGAGGUGGAGAACAAGGAGCUGCUGGAACAGAGCAAGAGCAGAUACAUCUCCUUCCCCGGGCGCUUCGUUCCCGUCAGUCACUUCUGCAGAGCCCCGCUGGGGGGCGGGAAGCUGUGCCAGCGGCAGGACCGCCUCAAGUGUCCUUUCCAUGGUCCCAUCAUUCCCCGAGACGAGGAGGGGAAACCCUGCAGGCCGGAAGACCGGCGGAGGGAGGAGCAGGAGGAGAGGAGGAAGAGGGAGCAGGAGCCCGAGUGGCGAGAUGCGGAGCUGAUGCGCGACAUCGAGGCGGCGACGGGAGAGGACCUGGGCUCCGAUCGCUUGGGCGGGAAAAAGAAGAAGAAAGGGAAGAAGAAGAAGUACCCAAACCUGAGCGACCUGAAGCAGAGCAGCAACACGUCCCGGUCCAGACUAGAGAGGAAGGUCUUCAACAAGAGCACCGUGCGCAGAGUGGCUCAGGUGCUGAGUAAAGCCGACAGGAGGAAACACGACAAGUUCUCCAAUCAGUUCAACUACGCUCUCAACUGAGGCCUCCAGACCCCGCACACCUCUGACCUCCGAUCGCCAUGGCAACGCUGACUCAAACCGGUGAAGCCGUUCUGUAAAAGCUAAACUUUGGUGCUCUGAUGUUAUUUCAUUGAUUAUAAUUAGUGAAAAUGACACAUAUGUCAAUUUUUAAGCUAUUUUCUGUUAUUUUUCUAAAGUUAAUUAUGUUUCUACUUUUGUUUUCUAUUUUCUGCUCAAAUUAAGUUAAUGUUUCAUUGUCUAAAUUAAAAAAAAUUUCCAUGUCUGACGAAAACACUUUUGUGUAUUUUUGACUGAAAGAGGUUUUACUUUACACUAAAAUAUCUGACUGUUCAAUGACAAAUAUUGAAAUUAUAUUAAAACUAAAAUAAACAUUUGAUUUUUUUUAUUAUUUUACUUAAACAACAACCACUUUAGCCUGUCAGUGGUCUAAACUGGGACUAAAAUCUGGAGAGCUUAAACCUCCUUUUAAAAUUCUUCUUUCAGUGGUGAGAAGUUCCAACAGAGAUUUAUAGAUUUAUUUAACACGUAUAUUACCAUACCAAUAACAAUAUACAUUAUAUAAAAUGUAUUUUUAUUUCAUUUUGUACAUUUUUUGCUAUUUUAAUUUCAAUUUUUUGGCUGCUAUUAACUGCUGCUACUUGAAAAUGAAACCCAAAUCUGUCAAUUUAACUUUAAAAGCCCAGAAAAAAAUAGUUCUUGGGUUCCUCUGGGUUAAAUUAUCAAAGUUUUUCACUUCUUCAGUAAAAUAGCUCUGUACGCUAAAAACUAA